AUGUUCAAGGGGGGUGUCGUAAAAAGGCUGAACGGAACAUUCAAAAGGAAAAAACAAAACAAAGAGACGGAAGUGAAACGAUCAAGCGACAUGUCAACACAAACCGAUCUUCCCACAGAAAUUCCUCAACCGCAGCAGAUGUUAUCGACGCCUUCUCAAUGCUUUCUCCUUCAGUUAUCCGGUACCCUGACUCAGCCCCAAGUUUGCAACGUUUUGGAAAACUCGCUGGAAGCUACCCUCAGACUCAGCGGCGAGUCCCUCCAGAAAUUUCUUCCUUACAAUGGAAGCGAUUUGCGAUCGCGAAAACGCGACCGCUCAGCGUUGGACUUGUCGAGCUCGCUUGAAUUUUCGGAAUUUUUACGAAGCUCUCAAGAACGCUCGGCUCGAAACUCGACGGCCGAUUCUUUCUGCCAUUCGAAUGCAUUCACGCACUCCCACCAGGCGACGACUUUUGGCUUCAAUCCGGCGCACAGUCACAGUCAAAUGCAAAUGCCGAUUACCCAUAUGCAAGCUUAUCAAAAUAUGUAUCAGCAAGCAAACGUUUAUGCAGCCUCUCAUCCCGUGACGCCAAAGCUUGAGCCGGGCGCAACUCAGCAAAACGCGCAUUUGACAGUCGAAAGUGACGAGCAAUUCUCCUGCAAUUGGGGUAGCUGCGCUGUCGUUCAUCACCAAAUCAACGAUCUCGUCGAGCACAUCAACAAAGAUCACUUGGAAAGAGAUGGAAGAAGAGACCUUGUUUGUCAUUGGCAGGGUUGUUCAAGGGGCAAGAAACCGUUCAAGGCAUUAUACAUGUUGCGGAUUCAUAUGCGUAGCCACAGCGGCGAAAAACCUUGCGAAUGCCCGUAUCCCGGCUGCGGAAAACGUUAUUCACGUCACGAAAACUUGAAAACUCACAUGCGCAGCCACACAAACGAGCGACCUUACGAGUGCCAAAUGCCAGGGUGCCACAAAACAUUUACGAACGCAUCGGAUCGGGCCAAACACCAAAACAGGACUCAUACGACUGAGAAGCGCUACAUUUGUGAUUUUCCAAACUGCGAGAAGAGAUACACAGAUCCAAGCUCGCUGCGAAAACACAAGAAAACAGUGCACGGAGAUGACUCCCAUCGUCCACCAAAUCGAAAAAUUCGAAAAACAGAGCCGAAGCCAGACUCGAUGGGGCAGUUCACAACUCAAGCGCAGCGGAAAAUCUCCACUUACCAACCAAAAACCCGUCCUAGCACAGUCCUCGGUUCAACCGGCUCUCCAAUGGGCCAAGAUUCGGGAAUGGAACGCGACGGCUCUGGAUCGGACAUCGUCGUUGAUCGACUUCAUGGCACCGCUGCUACUGGCGACGUGAUGACAGUAACGCAGCAAAGUUCCAAGCUAUCCGUAGUUGGUCAACGAGCACGAUCUGUUUUCAAAAAUUUGAAAACGGGCGUCAGCAGCUUGAUGAGCCAGAAGAAAGAUUCCGCGAUUUAUAUGUCCGAAUCAAUGCAGAGUAGUUCUGAAUGCGAUUUGAACCAGGAGGAAUCAUCGAUUUCUGGAUCCCCUAGCAAGCCGCUGAAAACCAUAAUAAGCGCUGAGCAACGGUACCAGCUUGAAAAUCUGCACAAUCGAAGCCAAAAUCUCCCCCCAACUCCCUCCGCUGCUUCUAGCAGCUAUGUCCCCUCAGUCGACGAAUACUGGCAAGAUCCCUCAUCACCAUCCUGGCCGAUUUCGCCCAAAAACCAGCAAAAACAAAGCCCGACUGCUCCUGCGCAAGCUCCGCGGCUUCACGAAUUGGAGCCGCUCUCUUGCAAAUCCGAGCGAAAAGAAAAUCCAUGCCAUUCGCUUGGAGCCCCUCAGCGUGAUUUUCAUCCCGCAAAUCAAACUGCAAACCGAAACCAUUGGAUGGCAAUGAUGGGGCAUCAUUCUCCGCACCCAGCAGCGUCGCCCUCAAAUUACGGCGCUUAUCCAUCGCCACCUCCUCAAGCCGAAAGUAAUCCAUACGUCCAUUACCAACCACAAGGUCCCGCGAUGGGCUAUCAUCAUCCGUGGGGACAACCUUGGCCGUACAGUCCUUCUAGCGACCCAAAUUCGCCUUCCAAUUAUCCGAUGAGUACUGUUUUCAACCCAGAAGGCUUCAAUAAAAUGAAUGUGAUGACCCGAGAAGGCCUGUGGCAAAUGUACAACCGAGAAAACAAUCUCUACAGUCAGAUGCUUUCGGACCAGAAUCGACAGAAGCAGAGCUAG